AUGCCACCUACCGGUGGAGUUGGAGAGUUGGAGCACAAAGCCUACGGGGCCCUCAAACUUCUUAACUUUGAUGAAGCUACAUCUGGAGAGAAGAGGAAGUUACAAUUGCUAGAGUUAGAAGAAAUAAGGAUGAAUGCCUAUGAAUCAUCCAAGAUUUAUAAGCAGAAGAUGAAGGUGUAUCAUGACAAGAAGCUACAGAGACAAAACUUCCAGCCAGGCCAACAAGUCUUGCUUUUCAAUUUCAGACUCAGACUAUUUCCAGGAAAACUGAAGUCAAAGUGGUCAGGGCCGUUUAUGAUCAAAGAAGUAAGACCCCAUGGAACUGUGGAAUUGGUGGACCCUACAGCAUGCACUCCUGAGAAAAGAUGGAUCGUCAAUGGACAACGCUUAAAAUUUUACAAUGGAGGCCAGUUAGAAAGAUUAACAAGUGUUGUCUACUUGAACGAUCCAUAA